UGAUAGUCGAGUUGACAUAUUUAUAGACCCUCAUUGAUAGGAUUUCAACCUCCUGUGGUACAACUGGUUUCCUAGAUAAAAUGAAAGUAGAAUACUGACUGGUAUCCAUUGGUGGUGAAGGCCAUGUGUAAUCGGUUGAAACUUUUUAAUUUAUAGAGAUUUCCUCUAUUACUGAGCAGUGAAUCAUUUUAUACAGCUAGAAGCAUGCACAUUUAAAGACAUUUGUUGUCCUCGAUUACCUUUAAAAAGCUCAGAAGAUUUAAGAGCAAUGUUUUUGGCAGGAAGACUUUCAACAUGUCCAAUACAAUAUGUCAUGUAUGUUGGUGCUGCAUCUUCUUGUAAAGGAAAAACUAAACAAAUUUGCAGGUCAAUUUUUACGGCUAGAAAUGUUUCAAAUUCUAUCCAGAAACCAAUAAUACACUUAAAUGCUUUAAAACCUCAAUGCAUAGGAUGGAGAAUUGAUCAUAGUCAAUCAUUCUCUAAAAAUGUGAUUCAUUACAUAGGAGAAUCUCCAGGUAAAAAAAGAAAAACUAUUGAACAGGAACUAGCUGCUUUAAUGGACAAAUGGGAGAUGAAAAAAGCUGUUAAUUUAUUCCGUGAGAGCGUUGAGAAUGGUGUUUUCCCCGACUUAAGUAUAGUCCUAAAUUUGCUACAACAACUUGGUAACCUUGGUGAUUAUGAUUGUUUGUUGUCACUACGAGAAUUACUUAUGGACAAUAAGUUAUGUUCUAUAGAUACCUUUUUUGGUUGUUUGCAGGAAGCAUAUUACUAUAGCGGUCGAUUAGAUGAGGCAAUUUUAUUGCUGCGAAUUCUUUAUCAUGAUUUGAGAAAUUUCAAUGAUGUCGAUAUUUUCUUUACUUUGGUUGGUGUUAUGCUUUUACAACACUUCCCACUUCGGUUUGAACUUAUUGAAAGUUUUGCUAAAGACUGCCGUGACAAAGAAUGGCCAGACCUUCUGCCAACAGCAGGCUUGUGGAAGUGUUUUGUUCUAACUAAAAAUUUUGAAAAAGCUGAACAAUUAUUGGCUACACAUAGUGGAAUUAAACAGAAUAUAGCAGAAAUGGUAAAUCAUAUAGUUGAGAAGAAGAACAAAGUUGAGGUUGACAGACUUAGUGUGCUCAACUAUUUGAAACAGUCUUCAAUAAUUACCAAAGAAAAUCAAAGAAUCUCUAUUUAUCUCCAUUUGCUUAGAGAGUUAGUUCAGGAGAAGAAUUGGAGUGCAGUACUUGAUUGCUUAAAAGAGGCAAAGGAAAGAAAGAUAGUGUUACCUGUAGAGGAGGUGAAAGUGCUAAGAGCUAAAGCAGAACAAGUUUUGUUUGAUGAUGAUUUUGAUAAUUUUACCCUUAUGCAGUGCAUAGACAAGCUUAAAAAGUAUAAUAAUUCUAUAAAAUCAGGCAAAAAGAAAUCUGGAUAAAUACUAAAUUUAUCAGUAUCAAGAUGGACUGAAAAGUUACUGCUAAUAAGUUACAGUGGUAUAUUUUUAUACAUUCAUCACUUUGUCUUUUGUUAAGUGAUUUAGAACUAUUUCUCUAAUGGUUGUAAUUUAAAUGUUUGGUUGGCUUGCUUUCUUUGUGUGUAUUGAAUUGAGAAUGAAAUGGGGAAUGUGUCAAAAAUACAACUAUCCGACCAAAGAAGAGAAAACAACCAAAGGCCACCAUGGGUCUUCAAAGCAGCAAGAACAUGUUUGCUCAAAUAUUGUAGUUUACAAGAAAUCAAUAAAAAAUUUGAGGUACCAGCUUGAAUACAUUAUACUCUGCAUUACACUUAACAUCCAAAUUUAUAACAUCCAAGCAUAAUGCAUAUAAGCUGAAGACCCACCUAUAUAAUCUAUUGAUUGCAGAUGUAAAUCUUAAUUACAAUGCUUAAAGCCACAUUUAUACAAACAAAUAAAGCAAGCAAGCCAACCUAACCUCACAACUUUAUGUACAAGCAAUAGGAAAUUAGCUCCAAGUCUAUUCAAUUUAUUUAGCAUCAAUGAAGGUAAUCUUGUUGCCAUGGUUACUUCUGUCCAACAAUGUCUUUCUUAUAAUAUUCUUAAAGCAGAAGAUUCUAUUUGUAAUAUUCAUGACUUUUUCUAUUUUCAUCAUUUUUUCUUCUCAUGAAAUUCAUGAAAAUAAAUUGCUUGUGACAAUUAAAGUAAAGUUAAGAUCAUUUGUUCUAUAUAAUUAACUAUGCAUGUCAGCAUGGUCAGUAUGGCAUUGGUUUUAUUUUUUAUAAUUCCAACUUGACAUACAAAAUCUUCUUAUUUUUAUUAACACAAACUUUAGAAAAACUUUUCGGGUACACAAUAUGUCAAAACAAAAUAAUGCUUUUUGAAUCUGGUGCUUCAUAAGAGUAUUUUAGUGGAUUUUUUUGUAAUAUUACAUAUGAAUUCAAAGCAAUAGACUAAACAUAGCAAAAUGAAAUUCAGUUUUAAAAUUUAUGCAAUUUGUAUAUGAUUAUUCAAGAGUUUUUAUAAGUAUUUGUGAUUGCCACAUCUUUUGGAAUUCUUUAUUAGCUACAGUACGUAUAUAGUAAGAUAUUUAUACUGAUUAUGUUUGAAACAUACUUUUGGGUUUUCAUGUUAAAAAGAGAAUUAUGGAAUAUUUUAUACAUACAUUUGUAUUUUAAAUUUAGUAAUAAAAAAUAUUUAUUGUAUUGUGUGUUGAAAUGUGAUUACAGGUUUAAGAUAAACACAUAAAUGUGCAUGUGCAUAUGUCCCUAAACUGUACACAUACAAAAGGAAUUAGGAUUUCUAUACAUAUUAUGUAGUAUGAAAAUGGAAUGUCAUGACAUUUCAAAUUUACCUGUUUAUCUCGAACUUGUACACUGCAGCUGAACUUCAACCUUUUAAACUUAAAUUCUCUUGUUACUCAAUAUUACUAUGUUUCUAGAAAUAAACUAUGGAAUUCCAGUACACACUUACUUGCUUUCAUUCAGAGUGUUUUUAUUUGACAAUAAAUGGUUUGUCUAAUUUUGAUUUUUAAUUUUGA